AUGGAGUUUAAAAGUCAAGAGGCCAAGAUGUCAGUAAUAAAUUUUGAUCAAAUUGUUCAAGGUACAGGAGUGAAAAAAGUCAAGAGACACAGUGCUUUAUUGCCAAACAGUACUUGUGUUCAACACAAGUUAUUUGAAAAAAUAUACAAACCUCUUCAAGCUCAGCGACAAGCACGAAAACAUAAAUUCAAAGUUGGAGACAAAGUUCGAAUCAGCAAGUACAAACAUGUGUUUGAAAAAGGCUACGCACCCAACUGGAGCACUGAAAUUUUUACAAUCGAGACAGUGCAGAAUACAAAUUCAACAACGUACAAACUUGUAGACUAUCAGGAUAAGCCAAUUGAAGGUGGAUUUUAUGUUGAAGAACUUAACAAAGUCAAGCAUCCAGAUGUCUAUCUAAUAGAAAAAAUUAUAAAAAAACGUGAAAAUAAAUUAUACGUAAAGUGGCUCGGCUUCGACAGCUCUCACAACACCUGGAUUGAAAAAUCAGACCUGUAA